AGAUGAGUUAACGCGGCUCCCAAUUCUGUUUCCAUGGCCUCCUCCAAGGGCGAGGGAGGGGCCUCAUGGAUCCGGAUCUGCUGUGCAUGGUCAGCAGGCUGGGCCCACUGCAGACAGCUCUAAGGAGCCCCUGCCCCCGCCAGGGUCCCUGUGCAGCUUCCACUCCUCUGGUGGGAACACGAGUCUGUAUGCUCCUGCUAAAGCAAUCACCCCGCCCGCCUCCAAGCCAGUUGGACCAGGCCUUGUACCCAGUAGACCUAUUUUCCAAAGACACUGCAUCUGUUUUCAGCCUGUGUCCUUAAGAACCUCAAGUCUCCAGAGUGAAUGUUUCUCAUCAAGGUGGUGGGAGGCACCUGACUGCCCGCCAGAGGGGAAGAAGGGAAGCCACCCCCGGGAGAGGCGGGCCAGCCUAGUGGAGGCCCAGCUCCAAGCAGACCGUCCUCCUGCAUUCAGAGUGCCUCUCGCCCCUUUUCAGCAUGGGCAGCCCAACGGGAAGAGCCCUGCCUUUCUUCCUCAUCCUUGUGCACAUAUAUCUACAUGGAGCUUUGUCGCAAACAACCGGCCCUGUGGGGCAACGAAAACCAUUUUUCGAGAGGCUCCGUAGACUAGAAGAGCAGUUUCGAAGGUUCCAAGAGGUGACCCUGACGCACCUGCAGGGCAUCGCCAGCCACUACAACCUGUCCUUCGACAUCAAGGCCCGGUUCCAGAGCCUGGCCCAUGAGAACCGGGCCGUGGCCCUGGCACUCAACCAGUCGCAGGCGGCCGUGCAGGACGAGCUGGGCCACCUCAGGACCUGGGUGCGGAGGACGCAGCGCCAAGGCCGAAAGGCGGACCACAGACUGCUGGCCUUGAGUGCUGCCAUGAGCGAGGGCAGCGCGCGGCGUGCCCGGGAGCAGGAGACGCAGAGGGCCGCUGUCUCCAGCCUGGCCCGGGACGUGCAGGCCCUGCAGGACGCGCUGCUCCGCCUGACGCCCCUUGUCCAGAGCCAGGGUGCCAGGCUGGCCGCUCUUGAGGGCCAGCUGCGGGUGGCCGGCCCUGGCCCCGCUGCCUCAAAUGUGACCCCGGCCCCAUCUAGGCCGUCGAACCUGAGUGCCCCGCAGCUGCAGGGGGGCGGGCAAACGACCAGAGCUCCGCCUGAGCCCCAGGACCCAUCUCUGGACUUCGCUCACGGUCUCCAGGGGGCACAAGAGCCCCUGAGCCUAGGCAACCAGCAGGCGUGGCCCCCUGAGAGCCCAGGAGAGGUUUGCAAUGUGGGCCCUGCACUCGUCUUCCCAAAUGCCUCCACCAUGAAUGUGGGCUUCCUCCGCCCCGGUUUCCUCACGGGUCUGCGGGCCCUGUCCAUCUGCAGCUGGGUCCGCACGGCCACGGACCACCUGGGCACCCUCCUGUCCUAUGCCACCGAGGAAAACGACAACAAGCUGGUUCUGCACGGCCGCGACUCCCUGGCCCCCGGCUCCGUCCACUUUGUGAUCGGAGACCCGGCCUUCAGGGAGCUGCCCCUCCAGCCACUGCUAGACGGCCAGUGGCACCACGUGUGUGUCAUCUGGACGUCCAUCCUGGGCAGGUACUGGCUCCACGUGGACCGAAGGCUCGUGGCCACCGGCUCCCGCUUCAGGGAGGGGUAUGAGAUCCCUCCAGGAGGGUCCCUCGUGCUAGGCCAGGAGCAAGACCGCGUGGGGGGCGGGUUUGACAGCUCGGAGGCCUUCGUGGGGAGCAUGGCAGGCCUGGCCAUAUGGGACCGUGUGCUGGUCCCUGGGGAGGUUUCGAACCUGGCCAUGGGGAAGGCACUCCCAACGGGUGCCAUCCUGACGCUGGCCAAUGCCACGUCAGUGGGCGGAUUCGUGCAGAGGGUGAACUGCACCUGCCUACAGCUGUGUCCCUGAGGGCUCACGCACACACAGCAGUGGCACUCACGAGGUGGCCAGUGGGAGGGGCACCCCCAAACUCCGCACAGUCCAUAGUGGGCCCCCACUCAGACUGAUUGGCUGUCUGCUGCCCCCCACCUGGACCAGGCACACCUGCCCUCUAACACAGGAUGUGGGCAUUGCAUGGGGGCGGAGGAGGGGAGCCGGCAAGGCAGAGCCAGGCCACAGGGCCCCCAGGACUGCAUUCUCCCCCUCACUGCAGUGUUCUUACAAACGCCCCCCUUUGUAGUAUGCGUCAUUUCCGCGCAGCUGACCGGCCAUGUGGCAGUGGCAGGCUCUAGCUCCACGCUUCUUGGGUAUGGGUUUGGGGCAGCCGCAGGCUGGUUCCUGGAAAACUCUUUUCCUUGUGUUAGCUGCCAUGGUCCUCUCUCCAUGAGGCUUGUGAGAGUUUGUUUGUCUGUUCCCUGUUCCAACAUCUCUCAUGAGAAGGGCCGGAGAGUCCAUUUCCUGGCCCUGCAGCUUCUUCACCCUGGGGGUCCAUCAAGGUUCUGUGACACGGCUGGUGAGGCUAUCAGAGCCGCCGGGAAGGGGGCUUGCAAAGGAAACAGGCUACUCAGAAACACACAUUAAGGAUGGGCAAUGCUUUUACAUACUAUGAAAUUCACCCAUUCUAAGUGUAGAAGAUUUGUAGUCAAAGUGUAGAAGUUUGAAGAUUUGUAGUCAAUCUGCCAAGUAUGCAACCUUCACCAUGAUCCAGCUUUAGAACAUUUCCAUUUUCCCCCCUUCCCCCAUAAAGACAUCAUGCCUGUUAGGGUCGCUCCUGUCCCCACACAGCCCCUCCCCCAGCUCCGCACCCACGCUCCUGCUUUCCGUCUCUGUGGAUUUGCCGGUUCUGGACGUUUCACAUAAAUGGACUCCGUCACUGUGUGGUCCUCGGUGUCUGGCUUCUCUCACGGAGCAUCAUGCUUUCCAGGUUUGUCUGUGUUGUAGUGUCUGUCUGCUGCAUUCCUUUGUGUGGCUGAAUGACCUUCUGUCCUAAUGACCCAUGUUUGGUUUAUCCAUUCAUCAGUCGAUGGAAACUUGGGUGGUUUCCAGUAGGGGGCCCUUGUGAAUGAAGCGCUGUACACACCCUCCUCUGAGUCCUUCUGUAGACACAUGCUUCUGUUUCUCUUGAGCGGAUGCCUAACAGCGGAAUUCCUGGGUUAAAUGAUAAAAUCAUGUUUAAACUUUCAAAGAAACCACCAAAUUGUUUUCCAAAGUGACUGCAUUGUUUUAUAUCCCUGCCGGCACUCUAUGAUGGUUGCCAUAACUCCUCAUUCUUGCCGGUACUGGGUAUUGUUUUUUAAUGGCU